AUUUCAAUCGAAAGCCACGGAGAAUACAACUAGUCAGCUCUCUCAAUGAUAAAACUCCGUCCUCACUGUGUUUCUCCUUAAUUAUUGACUUCUUUGCUUUACUGUAUUCUUAUGUAUAUGUUGUCAUAACGUUCACGAUUGACAUCCUACAUACCGUAAUCGACUUCAUCCCCUCGACACCUCGAACACUCUCAAUCCAGUUUCCUUGGUCCCGAGAUGGCCCUCGGAGACUCGAAGCCCUCCUCUGGAACGGACUCUUCGAAGAAAAAUGCUCCAAUAAUGCCAAGUGGAAAGUCAAAUGUCGUGGCGCCAACUCUCAGUGAUGAUAAUCAUGUAGAGCUUGGGGAAAUGACACCUCCAGAACAGCCCGCAGCGGAUAUAAUGCAGCUUGCUCGGAUAGGAGACAUUCAAGCGGUAGAAAAGCUAUUCGAUGAUGGCACAUUUGAUGCUACCUAUAGUGACGGCGAGGGCAUAACACCUUUACAUUGGGCGGCUAUUAACAACCAGUAUGCCAUGUGUCAAUUUCUCUUGAAAGCCGGCGCGGAUGUGAAUAAGAAAGGAGGAGAGUCUGUAGCUACACCGGCAAUGUGGGCUGCUCAAAGAUGCCAUUAUUAUAUCGUUCACCUAUUACUGGAAAAUGGCGCUGAUCCUCUGAUCACGGAUGUCCAAGGAUACAACAUUCUCCACCUGGCUACAUUUGAGGGGAAUAUAUUCCUGCUCGUUCUUCUUCUACAUCAAAACAUUAAUGUCGACGUGCUUGAUAGCCAGCGACAUACUUGUUUAAUGUGGGCGGCGUACAAGGGAUUACCGAGUUGCGUAGAUUUGUUCUUGAGAUGGGGUGCUGAUGUUCAUGCCACGGAUGAAACUGGAUUCACCGCACUACAUUGGGCUUUGGUAAAGGGAUCUCAGGGAUGCAUACAAAAAUUAAUUGAAUACGGAGCGGAUAGAUUUGCCGAAACCUCGACUGGCAAAACCCCAGCUAUCACAGCCCAGGAAAUGAAGACGGAAAGAAUUUGGCACAAAGCUCUUACAGAGUGUGGCUACGACGAGGAUGCCAAGCCGGUUCUUAUCAGCUUUCCCAUGUCAUCAUGGCUGUUAAAGGAUAAACGCGCAUUCAUGAACAAGUUCUUCUUUUUAUGGCCAUUUCUAAUUCUCUGGACGAUGAUCAUGAUCAGUAGUCAAAUGGUAAUAUUUAUUGGUGUGCCUAUGGCGUUGUUCUUUGGGUAUUCAUUACAGUGGUUGGCCCAGCAGGUAUUGGAGUAUGCGCCUUCAGAUAUGAAGCAUUUACAUAAAACGCCUUGGCUUGCAGGAAUCUUUGCCGCUACAUUAUUUUGGGUUGGCGUUAGAUGGAUGACAACUUUGUUACCAGCUACCUAUGGCACUUAUCCUCUUUCCAACCUGUUGUUUUUUGCCUUCUACAGUCUUACUGGGUAUUUCUACUUUUGUUCAAUGGUCUACGAGCCGGGUCAUGUUCCAAAGCUGGGCGGUUUAACCCAGCAAAAGGCUGUAAUUGAUGAACUAUUGAGUGUGUGGAAGUUUGACGAGCAAAAUUUCUGUGUUCAUUGCAUGGUUCGCCAACCUCUGAGAAGCAAACAUUGCAGGAGAUGCAACAGAUGCGUAGCGAAGCAUGACCAUCAUUGUCCUUGGAUUAACAACUGUGUCGGUGUCAAUAAUCAUAGGCAUUUCUUCCUCUAUCUCGUGUGCUUGGAACUCGGAAUUAUCUUCUUAGUUAGAGUUGCUAUCGGAUACUUUGAAGGCUUCGUUGGAAAGGGCGAGCAGGAGUGCAACUUUCUCUCUCCUACACUAUGUGGAAUUGUUAAUUCGGAUUCUUACACUUUAGUGUUGGUAUUAUGGGCAAUCUUGCAACUGACAUGGGUUACUAUGUUACUAUUCGUCCAAUUGAUUCAGAUCUCGAGAGCUAUGACCACUUGGGAAAAUAUGCGCGGUACACACGCCGGAGGCAAAACUUCCCAAGCCAUUACCAAUGCUCUCACUACUGGCGCUACAUCAAGAUCAGGGGGUCAAGUCGGAAACGCUGGACUUGGUCCCGAUCCCGCUUUACCACCAACCCACGCACCAGGUGGCCACGGUCAUCAUCACGCUCACAAAGCCGGCUGUUUCGCACAGUGGAAGAAAAUCCUCGGUGUGGACACAUUCGUUGAAACCGCUUUCCAUGGCUACGAAGGAAGCAAAAACCGACGCCGGGCACCUCAAAAUCCCUUCUCCCGCGGUUGCAUCGGAAACUGUAAAGAUUUCUGGUGUGAUCCAGCGCCACUUUUUGGGAAGAGAGAAAACGGUGCGGCAAUGUUGGGAGGUCAGGUAGUGAAUUAUACGAAAAUGUAUGAAACGCCUUCGAGAAUGGAGAUGAGGAGGGGUGGGGAUGAUGGUGGUGCUUAUGAGAGUGUGGCAGCUGAUGAGGCGGUUUAGAUGAGAGGAUAAUUUUGGGGGGUUUGAUGGGGGAUAUUACUGUGUCUAGGGACGGAGAACAGUUUAUGUUUCAUGAAUAUAUCUUUAUUGGUUGCGGAAUUUUUUGUUGAUAUUGUUUUCUCGUUGAUAAUCCUCAUGUGAUGAUCGGAAUAUGCUAUUGUGUAAACUUCAGAAAGGAGUAUUGGUGCUGGGAUAAGUGACCCAUCUGAUCGCGUUCGCAAUAGAUUCACAUACCUACUUACUAGAAGUCGUGACAAAAGAAUGCAAAACACGCAACAUUUUCUGCGUCAGUAUUCUUCAAUCAAAAGUAGCAACAUUAAACACAUUCAUCCUAAGCGAUAUGGGUUUCGUUGAUAAGCAUUUCCAUCCUGU